GGUUUGUUGUCAUUAGUGCAGUGGUGGGCCGGGGUAGAGAGAUAGACUACACAUAUAAAGGGGAUAUCAUUGUGGGGAUUUGUUGUGACAGACACAUGGAGAUAUGUAUCUCUUCAAGAUUUUAAUUGUGUGAUCAUGUGUUAAUUAGUCUGGGAAAAUUAUAUUUCUUGGAUUUAUUGAUACAGCAGGAAAAAAGGAAAUCUUCGACUACAAAUUAAUUUAGCAGCAACAUAUUGGGUCUAUCUAAGAUUGAAGACAUUUUUCCUGUGAUGGCUAUGGAUCAUAAUUAGCUGUGAUAAAUAUACCAGUGUGUUCAACAAAACCAGAUAUAAAUAUUCAAUAUGGCCGCCAGUGGGUUUAUCAAGGGCAGGCAACUGCUGCAGUCAACAGAGAUUGAGUAUGGCAACCAGCCACCUAACACAACUGUUGUUGUUCCGGAAGGUUCGACAUUAUCAUCACACCUGUCAUGUGAUCAAAUAGACUAUCAUUACGACAUCGCUAUUAGUGUGAUUUGUGCCAUGUGUUUCGUAUUUGGAAUUAUUUACACAUUCUUUGGUUACCGAUUCUUCAAGGCCAUUAUGUUCCUGACAGGGUUUAUAUUCAGUGCUGUACUGGUGUAUGUGAUAUUGUCUGAACACCAAAUCUUACCGUUAUUGGGAAACAUUGGGGUCGCCGUGGGAGCUGGAAUUUUGUGUGGAAUUAUAACCAUGCUUGUGCAAUAUGUUGGACUAUUUCUUACUGGCUUCCAUUUGGGAGUAUCUGUAAGCAUAGCCGCUCUGAUAGUCCUGGAGUUCUUCUAUCACCCAGAAACAAUUUGGAUUCCAAUUGGUAUUUUGUCGGCCAUGGGACUACUUUUCGCAAUUUUGACCUUGAAAUUUCAAAAAUCCUUCACAAUUUUGGGGACUAGUGUUUUUGGAGGUGCUUUGAUGGUUGCCUGCCUGGACUAUUUCAUCGAAAAGUUCAUGAUUCUGAUAUUUUCGUGGGAGCGAGUGAAGGGAGUUAACUCUGAACCAAUUUGUUGGUACAGUUGGGUGAUUCUCGGUUGUUGGCCUUUCUGUUUUGUGGUAGGAAGUAUAACGCAAUGGAAAAUUACAGGGCAGGGAUACGACCACAGAGAGGCUGGACAGAACCGGCGAAUGAAGAAGGUGAAUCUCCAGAGAGUAAGACAACGUCAGAAACAUGAAACUCAACAUUCUCGGUACCGUCACCUAUAUCAGACCCGUAGACUCACAGGCGACGUCAUAACACAGGGAUAUCUGUCAUCAGAACACCAGAAGCUGUCCCCAUCCACAAAACAUCAGACCAUCAUUCCUACAGAACAUACGCCAGAACUGGAGAGUACAAACACCACACUGACACAGAUUCCUUGAGAUACUUACUUCCCAAGGUCCUCUGCUUUCCUCUCCAUGGCACAGAGGACAAGGAAAGGAGAAACUCAACUUUUUAUACAUUUAAACUCUGGGUAUCUGCUUCCAGCAUUCCUUGACUUUGUUAUACCGCCAAUCAUCAGGCUCGCUUUUAAGUGUUUACAUCUGCUUCAAGUGUUUUAAAUCAAUUCAUCCUGGUCACCUGUAUGUUCAGGGAGAUCAUUUGUAUGUUAUACACAAAAUGCAUCAUGAUCGCUUGUUUUUUAUGGUCAUCUGAAUGUUUGAAUUAGCUGUAAUUCCUCAUGGCCAUCAGUAUGUUUUUAUAUACAUAUAGUCCUGGUAUCUCAUUGUGAUGUCUAGUAAAUUUAACUUCAACAAAAAUAUUUAAUUAUACAUGAUUAUAACAUGUAUGAUUUAAUUGCUUAGUAUUUGUUUACUUUGCUUGUUGGAAUUCCUUUGUGUUAAAAGCAGACUUUAUAUUAAAGUAUAUAACAGAAAGUUUAAGAUAUUUGAGAUCUUUCUCAACACAAAAUGAUGAAUUCUUUGUAAUGUAAAGGAGAUAUUUUUGUGGGCUCAAUUUGCGUGUUUUUUUUUUUUUUUUUUAACAUACCAUCUGUGUUGAUACUUGAUUUCACAAAUAUACGGUCGAAAUCAACUUUAAAAUUAAAACAGUUUUUAAGAAGCAAAAUCACUCUCUCUAAAUAAUGGGGAUAGAUUGUAUACAAGAAACAAUUGCUAAAGACAUAUUUUUGACCUAAAUUCCUGGGCCCAGUUGUUCAAAAGGUGAUUAGCUUAUAAUCACUUGAUUAGUGAAUAUCUCAUUUCUCCUUUACUUCAAAACCUAAGUGUGUGCUUGUGUGAAACAGGCAGGUAGGAAGAGAAUGACAAGUGUUGCCGUUUCAUGAAAUUUGGUAAAGUUUGUUUUACCAGAAAUGAUUUAAUCAGGAUUUCAAAAUUGUUGUUAAACCGUGUUUAGCCUAAUCACCCUAUGAACAACCUGUCCCUGGUGUAAUUCACAUAUUUUUUUUAUUGUAUCCACAAAGUAAACAAAAAUGGAAACACCACAAAAAUUAAUAAUUUCACAGUAUAUAUGUAUUUUUUGGGUGUAGGAAGAAAUCUCUGGGCUCUGCAGGGUAGAUAUCUCAAUAUAAUUUGUACUGGUAAUUUCUUUGCCUAUACAGUGUAAACUUAAUUAAAAGGAAAGCAUAAUAGUGCUUGAAAAGUUAAUAUGUUUUGAAGUACAUGUAUGUGUGUUAAAUUCACAUUCGGGGUGGUAUCAGAAUUACAAUGACUGAGACUCCUACCAAUUAAUUUUUUGCUUUUAUCAAAAUUACUUAGAUAACCUCACAUUUUAGGUGUUUUUUUUAAAGUUUUAACAGUUUAUAGUAACAAUAAAUCUGGAGCACCAAUGAUAUUCAUCACAUACAUAAUAAAGAAACUGAAGAAAAUAGGAAAUUAUAAUUUAACAUAAUUCAUUGAGCACAAAAAAUGCUAAAAUCUGACAACCACUAAAAUAUUUACUUACAGAAUUACCAUGUUUAUCAUGUAAUAAGCCAAAGGGGACAAUGAAUAGUCUAGGAAGUAAGGAAUGGGCUCAAUGUAGAUAGGACAAUGGAAUGGCGUCCAAUAGGGUUUUACCAAUCUGCUAUAGACAUAGGUAUAAUUACCAGUCAUCGGCUUAUUGCUAGAUAAAUACUGUGCGACCUUACUUCUUCUCUUAAACUUUCGAGAAUUAUUUUGGAAGAGGAGUACCUUUACACCGAGAUAUAUAAUUAUGGUAGAUUGUCCCUCUAGUUCUGUGCAAUAUAGACCAGUAUUAUAUCAUAUACUUUGUGAUUCGUUUGGUUUGUUUUACUGAAGAUUUGUGAUUAUUUGUAUGGAAGCUGCCAUCAAGAUAGAUGGAAUAUUACAAAAUUCAGUUAAAUUUUAGUUUAUUAUACUGUGUUGUAUCUUAUAUGUAAGACUAAUUUUUUUUUUUUUUUAAUUAUUAAUGAUUAUUGUUGACUAAAAACAAUCUAAAAGGAUUUUUUUUUUAACCAUUUUGCAAUUCAUGUUCUUAGUGAAUACCAAUAAGGUAUUCUAAUGUGGUUUUUUACUUUUCUUUAUUUCCUGUUGUGGAAAGUAUUUAGGAUGAGAUAUACAAUACAAAAUGUAAACUGAAAUUUGUGCAUAAUACAUUGUAACUGUCUUACUGUUUUUCCCUUUUUUACUGCCAAUAUUUGUACUUUCUUUAUGGUGAAUUGCAUGUGCUAUUUUUCAGAAUAUAUAUUUGGCAAUAGUAUAAUUUUUUAUUUGAUCAUUGACUGUUUAACUGCUAGUUAAAUAGUUGCAAUUUCAUAAGAUCUCCAUAUCCAUCUGUUCUCAUUUGCAAAAUAUCAACUCGUUUGUUUCAUUGUUUCCACAGGUGAGAAAGGAAUUCAUAUUAAUAUAUAGUGAACUCUUCAAAUUUAGUAAUUUUGAAGUAGAUUUGAAAAAAAAAUAAACAAAUAUUUUUCUAUGGAUAUAAAAAAUUGACAACAUAUACAAGUAAGUGUUCUAAGGGAGGUAACCCCUCUUGUUCAAAAUUUAGAUUCAACCGUUCCAGGUUUGGAAAAAAAAUCUCCUGAGAGAUAAAACAAUAUUUGUUUAUAAGAGAUUUAAAUGUUGUUCACAUGGUUGAAUGAUAUGCAAAGAUUGUAAGGUUAAACUUGUGGCACAUAGGAGCCAAAAUCUCCAUUUGAAAAACGUCCCCUCAAUAUUGUCUGAGCUAUAUAUACACAUGUAUAGAGAUGCACAACAGGCCACGUUAUAUGUAUACAGUAUAGAGUUAUUGUUGAAAGAGAAUUAAUUUUAUAUGUAUAUUUAAUUACACUUGUAGACAGGAAGUUCAUGAAAGUACGAGAGGUUUGUGUGUUUAUAUGGGUAAAGAAAGCAUCUUUAACUUAAGCAAGUUGCCACUUCAAUUGUUAUGUAAAUAAAAUGUUUUCUGAAAUACA